UCUUCAAUUUCAAUGUAACCAAAAACAAAAAAAAAAUCUUAUUUUCCCUCCCCAAUUCGAAACACAUUUCAAUUAAAACCCUAAUUUAUAUACACAUACAUAUAUAGAUACAUAUAUUUGUAAGUAUAUGUAGUAAGUGAAUCUGUGAGAUCUGCAGUAGAGCAUUGGAAAAAUGUCUGGUGGUGGAGUUGAUAUGCAUCUGAAGAAAGAGUUAACUCAGAUUCGGAAAGCGAAAGGAGCUCGAGCUCUUCGAGAUCCUGGAACGACGUCGUCUUGGCGGUCGCCUCUCAGUUCGUCUAGAUCCAUGGCCUUAGUUGCUUCUUCUUCAAACUCUGUUAGUAAUAAUAAUAUUAAUCAUUAUAAUCAUCAUUAUUAUAAUAAUAAUAUAAAUGAUAAUAAUAAUAAUAUUGUUUUUACUAGUAGUAGUAGUAGAAAUGAUAAUGAUAAUAGAAAUGGUUUAAAUAUUAGUGAUGAUUAUAAUAAUAUUAUUGGAAAUGACAAUGUAGGUGUUGAUGUUAAUGUUAAUGUUAAUGUUAGUGGUAGUAGUAAUAAUAAUAAUGUCGGAAAUAAUGUUGGGAAUAAUGUUGGGAAUAGGAGGAAAGAGAAGAAGGUGUUUUUGUAUAAUUGGAAAACGCAGAGAUCCGAGAGUGAGAGGAGUGUUUCGGUUAAUGGGGGGUCGAGGAAUUAUCAAGAAAGAAGUAACGUAGAUGACGGAAUAGGUGAUGGGCACGAGAGUGUUGAUGAUAGUCUAAGUGAUGCGAGAAACGACGGUGAUUUGAGAAGUGAUACGGGUGGUGAGGAUCAUAAGUAUGGUAAGAUGUUUGGUAGUUGUAAAGAUGCGGGAAAUGUUAAUACGACGCCACAGGUUAGGAGAGCGUCGUUGAUGAAGAAGAAGCAGAAGAAAAUGGGGCAUUCGUCGCAUUCGUCUACUGCUGCUUUGAAACUUCAACUGCAGAGACAGUUGAAUAUGGUUGAACAGUAUGAUGAUGUUAAGGCGGAUGAUUUGGUUGUGAACAGGAAUUCGGUGACGUCGCCGUUGUUGUCUAGGAUUAAGUCGUCUAAGUUGUUGAAAGGUGGUAGUAGGAAAGAUGAUUCGUCUUAUUGUUAUAGCACACCGGCAUUGUCCACAAGUUCGUUUAAUAAAUAUUGGGUUAAGAAUCCAAGUACAGUUGGGUCAUGGGAUGCGACGACGGGAUCUUUUCUUGAUGGGGAUGAAGGAAUGGAUGAUGACGACGACGAUGAUGAUCAGUUGGGUUUACCGGGUCGUGGGGGAUGUGGGAUUCCUUGUUACUGGUCAUCCUCUAAGAGAAGUACCCCGAAACGAGGUGGUUGUGGUAGUUGUUACUCUCCAUCGUUUUCUGAUACGUUAAGACGAAAAGGGAGCAGCAUGUUAUGUGGGAGCCAAACCAAUUAUCAUGGGCGACGACAUGCAUCAUCUGUGGGUGCUUAUAAGAAGAAGAGGUUUCCCCACAAGACAUCCCACAUUCCGUUGCUAACAAAUGGUGCUGAUAGCAUAGACCGUUCUUCUGUUGGGACAGAUGAUGAGCUUUCAACUAACUAUGGUGAGAUCGAUUUAGAAGCUUCGAGUCGAUUAGAUGGAAGGAGAUGGUCAACGAGUUACAAAAGUCAAGAGGGGUUGGAACUCGUAGCUCUAAAUGGGGAAUUGGAAGGGGGUUCUCCUUCAUCUGUUGAUAAUAGCAAUUGUUUUAGCUAUAAGUAUAAGCCCGUGUUCUUUGAAGAUAUAGUCGGUCAAAAUGUUGCUGUCCAGUCCCUUGUGAAUUCCAUAAUUAGGGGAAGAAUUGCGCCUAUUUAUUUAUUCCAAGGUCCCCGUGGAACUGGGAAAACAUCAACUGCUAGGAUUUUUGCUGCAGCCUUAAAUUGUCUUGCCUCUGGAGACACGAGACCUUGUGGGAUUUGCAAGGAGUGUGCUGAAUUUAUAUCAGGAAAGAGUCGGGUCAUUACUGAAAUGGACGGGUCCAAUCAGAAGGGGAUUGAUAAAGUUAGGAUUUUAAUGAAGAAACUUCAAAUAGGUCCUUCUACGUCAACCUUUAUAAGGCACGAGGUUUAUGUUAUUGAUGAAUGUCACUUAUUACCAUCUAAGUUAUGGUUGGCAUUCCAGAAGAUUCUUGAGCAACCACCACCAAGUGUUGUGUUCAUCUUUAUAACUACUGAUCUGGAUAAUGUGCCACGUGCUGUUUUGUCGAGGUGCCAAAAGUAUAUUUUCAGUAAAAUUAAAGAUAGUGACAUAGUUAACAGGUUAAGGAAAAUUUCAGAAGAGGAGAAUUUGGAUGUUGAAUCAGAUGCUUUAGAUCUGAUUGCUCUGAAUGUAGAGGGUUCACUUCGGGAUGCAGAAACUAUGUUGGAUCAGUUGAGUUUAUUAGGAAAAAGGAUCACUUCUGAUCUGGUGAAUGAACUUAUGGGAGUUGUGUCGGAUGAUAAAUUACUCGAACUUUUGGAGUUAGCAAUGUCAUCAAACACAGCAGAAACAGUAAAAAGAGCCAGAGAACUAAUGGAUCUGGGAGUUGACCCUAUGGUUUUGAUGUCUCAAAUGGCUACACUUAUUAUGGAUAUUAUUGCUGGAACGUAUCAAGUUGUUGAUACCAGAUACGGCGACUCGAUAUUUGAUGGUAGAAGCUUAACUGAAUCUGAACUGGAGAGAUUAAAGCAGGCGUUGAAACUUCUUUCCGAGUCUGAGAAACAAUUGAGGCUAUCUAGUGAACGAUCAACUUGGUUCACAGCAACCCUUUUGCAGCUUGGCUCCGUCCCAUCAGCAGACCCUACUCCUUCAGGAAGCAGUAGAAGACAAAGCUCUAGAACAACUGAUGAUGACCCAUCUGCUACUUUUAAAGAUAUUUAUUUCCAAAAACAGAAGACGGAUUCUCAGUAUACACCCCAAAAGUCUACUCCUACGUACCCCCCUAAACCCAAUUAUAGAAAAUCAACCAGCCCAGAAGAUGCAUUGCUACCAAUGAGGCAAAUCUUGAAUGGGGAUGGCCCAUCUGUGUUGCAUAAUGAUGUCAUUGUUGGAAAUAGUAUACCAAAACGUAGCAAUGCAAACAUAUUGGAUGAUAUAUGGGUCCGUUGCAUUGAUAAAUGCCAUUCUAAAACUCUGAGGCAGCUGCUACAUACUCACGGGAACCUUGUUUCUAUAUCUGAAGAUAGAGGUGUUCUUGUUGCUUAUAUUGUCUUUCGAGAUAAAGAUAUCAAAAGCAGGGCUGAACGGUUUCUUAGCAGUAUUACAAACUCAUUUGAGAUUGUACUUCAUCGCAAUAUAGAAGUUAGAAUCGUAUUACAAUCUGAUGAUGGGACUACUCUGAAAACAGGAGAACCAGUUGCACCAACAAAUGGUUUGACACAAGAAACAUCAAUGAAUGAUACAAAAGGGAGAAAAGUAGGAAAUCCAGUUCAAAGAAUAGAAUCAAUUAUACAUGAGCAAAGGUUAGAAACUGCAUGGUUACAAACUGCAGAAAAAGGCACUCCUGGAUCAUUAAAUCGAUUGAAACCUGAGAGGAACCAAGUCUUACCACAAGAUGGAAGUGGUCAAAUGGCAUCAAUGGAGACAUCACAGCAGCAAUGGGAAGAUGAGCUGACUCGCGAACUCAAUCUUUUGAAGAUGAAUGAUGGGAAGACCCUUUCAAAGGAACAUAAUAUAUCACCAAGUUUGCUGCAUGAUAGCAAAUUAGCUGCUAAGUACAGCAAAGAAAGCAUGGGAUACGAGUCUGGAACUGGAGGUGGUGGUUGUUUCUGCUGGAAUAAACCCAGGCAGAACCGCAGGGGGAAGAUGAAACCCGGAACCCCAGUUGGUCCACGCAGAGGUGCUAAGUUUUCAUUGUUCGGAGAGUGUGGGAAGUCAGGAAGGACAGAGCAUAGACCUAGAAGGUGAUAGUAAAAACUAAAAAUUUCGUCGUCGUCGUUUAUAUUUUUAAUAUUUUCUAAUUUAUUGUUCUUGUAGCUGUAACGGGAGGUACUUGUAAAGUUUUUCUUUUUUUCAACAACUGGAUUUCUGCAUUUGUCCAAUUUUUUUCCUGGGAGAAAUAAAGGUGAAGAGGGAUUAUUCUUUCUUCCCUUCCCUAUCAAUUUACAUUUACAAUUACAAUUUACACACAAUUACUGGCA